AUGCUCUCUGGCCCUCACCAGCUCUCCUCUCUCUCCAUCUCCAUCCCCAUCCCCGCUGCAGGAGUCUUCGACAACUGCUCGCACACGGCCAGCGAUAAGGGCUGGGCACUGGGCAUCCGUGCCCUGCAGCUCGGCGGCAAGAAGGACGCCCGCUUCUUCUUCUCCCUCCGCACGGACCGGGCGGCCACUGCCACGGAGGUGACCGCCUACCACCGCUACCGCCCCGAGGCGUGGACCCACCUGGCCGCCAGCUAUGAUGGGCAGUGGAUGGCCCGCUAUGUGGAUGGGGCGCGGGUGGGCCGUGCCGGUGGGCAGGGGGGCGCCCUGCACAGUGCCUUCAUGGCCUCCUGCCGCACACUACUGCUGGGGGGGGACGCCUGGGGGACCGCGCAUGCUUUCCGGGGACACUUGGCUGGGCUGGCCCUGUGGCAGGGCGCCCUGUCCCAACCCCAUCUCCAGCGUCCCUUCCUAGAGGGGGUGGCUGGGGGGGUGGCAGGACUGGCUCUGGCCGCUGGCUUCGCCAUCCCAGAGGAGCACUGGGUGCCUUUUCGGGAGGGUGCCUUCCCCCGGCAGCAGGUGCUACCAUCCCCGCCAUCCCCCAUCCUGCGGCCACUGGGCCCCCCUGCCUGUGGGCAGACUGCCUGUGAUAACGUGGAGCUGGUCUCCCACUACAACCAGCACUGGCCACUGCGGAGCGGGAAGGCGGUGCGGUAUCGGGUGGUGAACCUGGUGGAGGACGGCGGUGGGCGGCCAACAGUCAGCCGGGAGCAGGUUUGGCGGCAACACCGGGCGCUGAGCGAAGCUUUCCGACCCUACAACAUCUCCUGGCAGCUCAGCUUGCUGGAGGUACGCAACACUUCACUGCGCCGCCGCGCUGUCCUCCUGGGCUGUGAGCCCAGCAAGGUGGGCAACGAGCGCUGCGACCCCGAGUGUGAGCAUCCCCUGACUGGCUACGACGGUGGGGACUGCCGCCGCCCUGGCCGCUGCUUCUCCUGGAAGCGCCGUGAUGGUGUCUGCCAUAUGGAGUGUAACAACAUGUUGGACGACUUCGAUGACGGUGACUGCUGCGACCCGCGGGCCACCGACGUGGCCAGGACCUGCUUCGACCCCGAUUCGCCCCAGCGGGCGUACAUGAGCGUGAAGGAGCUGAAGGAGGCACUGCAGCUGAACAGCACCCACUUCCUCAACGUUUACUUUGCCAGUUCAGUGAGGGAAGAGUUGGCUGGUGCUGCCACCUGGCCAUGGGAUAAAGAGGCCCUUAGUCACCUGGGUGGAGUUGUCCUCAACCCUGCUUAUUACGGUAUGCAAGGCCACACGAACACCAUGAUCCACGAAGUGGGACAUGUCCUGGGGCUGUACCAUGUCUUUAAGGGAGUGAGCGAGCGGGAAUCUUGUGAUGAUCCCUGCAGGGAGACAACUCCGUCUAUGGAGACGGGAGACCUCUGUGCCGACACUGCCCCCACCCCAAAGAGUAAACUCUGUCGGGAUCCAGACCCUACCAAUGACACCUGUGGCCAGACACAUUUCACAGGAACACCCUUCAACAACUACAUGAGUUACACAGACGAUGACUGCACCAACACCUUCACCCCCAACCAAGUGGCCCGGAUGCAUUGCUACCUGGACCUGGUGUACCAGCGCUGGGGUCAGAGCAAGAAGCCCGCACCCAUCCCAAUCCCUCCCAUGGUCACGGGGCAGACUCAGGACUCCCUCAGCAUCUACUGGCUGCCUCCCAUCAGCGGUGUCAUCCACGAGAGGGAGCAGGACACACUCUGUGAUGACUGUGCGGAGGACGGCACCUUCCGUCAGUAUGUGUAUGAGGCCUCUUCCCCUCGGGUCUGCGAUUCCUCUGGCUACUGGACCCCAGAAGAAGCAGAAGGGCCCCCGGAUGUGGAUCAGCCCUGUGAGCCCAGCCUGCAGGCCUGGAGUCCGGAGCUUCACCUGUACCACAUGAACAUGACAGUGCCGUGCCCCCAGCCAGAUGGCUGCAUCCUGGAGCUGCGCUUCCUGCACCCCGUCUACCCUGAUUCCCUCACCCUUUGGACCACGUACCUCUCCACGGGCUCUCCUAAGGUGCUGUCUGACAUUGAAGUCCUGACAGAGCACGGGGAGUCCAUCCAUCUGGGCCCCCUGGACACCUUCUGUGAUGUCCCCUUUACUGUGAAGCUCAACAUCCCUAAAAAGGUGAACGGAGUCAAAAUCUACACCUUUGAUGAGAGGAUGGAGAUAGACACGGCCCUGCUGACCUCCAUGCCCCACAGCUCACUCUGCGCCACCUGCAAGCUGAUCCAGUACAGAGUCCUCCGCGACCCCCCAUUUGCAAACGGAUCCCCCACCGCACCAGCACAGGCACACCGCCAGUUCGUCGACACGGAAGUUACACCUGGGCAGGUGUACCACUACCAGGUGCAGGCAGUUUCUGGGACAACCUCAGGAGAAGCCUCCCCACUGCUUGUCCAUGUCCAUGGAGCACCCUACUGUGGGGAUGGGAAGGUGACCACGAGCCUGGAGGAGGAAUGCGAUGAUGGGGACUUGCUGGAUGGAGAUGGCUGUUCCAGGAAGUGUAAAAAGGAAAAAGGCUUCAACUGUGUUGGGGAACCAAGCCUGUGCUACGUGCAUGAUGGGGACGGUGUGUGUGAGCCGUUUGAGAAGACAAGCAGUGUCCUGGACUGUGGUCCCUACACACCUGAUGGAUAUGUGGAUCUGUGGGCAGUGAAAGCCUAUGCCUCCCAUCAUGACGCAAAGUCCUGCCCUGCCUCCUUGGUCACUGGAGAGCCUGUUGUGAAGGUAUGUAAAUCCCACCUUCACAAUGUGCCAAAGGACCUUUCCCUGUCUGCUUGGUUUCCUUGCACUCCCAGCCGAGACAAUGCUCAGGAUGCAGAUGAGGAGAGGAUGACCUUGGGUGAUGAGGGUGUUUGGCUCAAGGUGUGCUUUGAGAGACCCGUGGUGCCCACUUCCCUUCUGGUCUUCCUGGCCUCUGACGGCACUGUCCCAAGCAACCAGCGCAAGCCAAGGGUGACCGUCCAGCUGAGUGAUGUAGAUGGGCUGAACCACUCUUUGGGGAUGUAUGAGCUGUCAUGCCAGCACAACCCGCUUGUCAUCAAUGUGACCCAUGGCCAGGAGUACCCAUCCCACUGGGCUGCUUCAGUGCUGCUCAACUUCUCCUCCCCGCUUGUGGGUAUCGCAGCUGUGGCCUUGCGGACAUCAGCUCAGCUUGGCUCUGACCCCACCACCUGCCUUCUACAACACGAGGAGGGACAUGGCCACCAGCGCUACAG